AUGGGCAUGUUUUCCUCGCUCCGAAAGUACUUGAACCUGCGGACAAUGCACGAGUCCCCAUGCAGUGGAACUGUCUCCGUCUCCCUCGUGAGAGUCCCCCGAAAUAGAACCGUCUCCGUGAGAUUCGGCACUGAAGAGGCCGUUUUACACGUGAAAAACCCCAUCGCAGAGUUCGAUGUUUUCCCGAAUGCAGCCAGAACCCUCUCAAUAGACGCCCAGGAGUACGAAAUAUGCACAAGAACUCUAGAGCUAGAGAGUACAACCGUCAAGAUAGAACUGACAAAGCACAAGCUGAAAAUACAGCCCACUGACUUCACGCGAGUAAAGCUCCUAAGCGCUGGAAGGUCUAAGGUCUAUCUCGUACGGUACAAUCCCUCGGGGCGAACUUACGCGUGCAAAGUCAGAAAAAAGUCAGAGAAAAAUCACGCCCUCGUAAACGAGAAAAACCAUCUCGUAAAGCUUAAAAGCCCAUUUUUAAUUCCCCUUUUAGCCUCUUUCCAGUCGGAGAAUGAGCUUUUUCUUGUUUUCCCGCACUAUAAAAGAGACCUUUUCAGCCUUCUCGAGGGAGGAAAACUUCCUGAGAGAGUUGCACGGGUGUACUUCUGCGAAGUACUUGCAGGACUCGAGCACGUCCACAGGAUGGGCAUCAUAUACAAGGACGUUAAGCCGGAAAAUAUCCUUCUAGACGGAGGGAAUCACGUGGUUUUGUGCGAUUUUGACGCUUCUGUGAACGCGGAGAGUGCGGGAAUGGCGAACUUUCAGGGGACGCUCGAGUAUAUGCCCCCGGAGGUUUUUACAACGGGGAAAUACGGGCCCAGCUACGACUUCUACACGCUGGGAGUCCUCCUGUACGAAAUGAUCGUGGGAGAGACGCCCUUCCAGCGGGGAGAGAACGAGGAUGAAGACGACCUCGUGAAUAAGAUCUUGUACGAGGAGGCGGAAUAUCCUGGGGUGAGUGCAGAAAUUCAGGUGCUAAUUUCAGGUUUGAUGCACAGAGACCCUGGAAAGCGCCUGGGAAGUGCUGGCGUACGAGGGAGUGCGUGGCUGCAGGGAAUGGACUGGGAGAAAGUCCUUGGGAAAGCGUACUCCAUCGAUGUCCCUGCCCCAGAGAGUGAGGAAAAGCCCGUGGAGGACGAGAGCGUGGAGGAAGACAGCUGCAGGAAUACGGUGCAUGGAUUCACGUGGAUGGCCGAGGAGUGGGAUGAGGAGUAG